CUGAAGAUUAUUGAAACUUACUUAAGAAACAUUUAGAGGAUGUAUUGUGUGUUCAUAUUAAAAAGAUUGAUCCGUAACGUUUACUUCGUGGUGCUUCUAUUAGUACUAUACGUGGUGGCUCUUAUGACGUGGAGCCGUCCCGUGGAGCGCCCUCCCGACGCCGGCAGCAGCCGCUGGUGCGGCGUGGGACGCCCCCAAGCGCCUCUCAUCGGCGACUACAUCCGCGGACACCCUCCCGUCAACACCAGCUUGAGGCUGGAGGAACUAAACCUCUACGACUAUAUCAUCAUCAUACAAGUGCGGCAUUCCCUGAAAGACUUGCAUCGACUUGUCUACGGUCUCCAAGAAACUCAAGGCAUUGGAAGGACUCUGCUAGUGUUUUCGUUGUAUUCUGAUAAUGAUGGCAUUGUGCAAGCAGUCAACGAAGUCAACUUCACAAAGGUCCUGACGGUCUUCUACCCGUUCAAUGACCAGGUCUGUCAAGACUUCUACCCUGGUCCCAGCGACAUCUACUGUAGGCAAUCAGGCUGCUCAGAAUACUCAGCCGGCUUCAGAAACGUCAAGUAUUCCCAAAGCAAACUGUUCUGGUGGUGGACCGUUAACUUCGUGUAUGAAGUUCUGAACCUUGAGAAUAAUUACAGCAAUAACGUGAUACUGCUAGAGGCGGACGACGUGACCGCUCCAGACUUUGUCCUAAUGAUGGAUCAUCUAGAAGAACAGGCGCAAGUUGUGGGGCUGAAGCAUUCAGUGUACAGCCUAAACUGUCUGGGUGUGACUACUGAAGUGAGCGGGGAGGACGUGGUAGUCGGACCCUUCCUGAGUUUUGACUUCUCUACAGGACUGAUGUUGAACAUGGACGCGUAUGCCGCCAUCAGGGCUGCCUCGCAUGUCAUCUGCCACUACGCUGACUUCGACUGGCGCCACUCUCUCCGCGUGGCGUUGUCUAACUUCACCGUCAUCUCCGUGGCGAAGUCUAGGGUUGCUAAAUUGGAGGACUACGUUCGUGUUUGGUCGGCUGGUUACAGGGACAUGUUCCCGGUUGAGCUGAAGGUGCAUAGGUUGGAGCAGGGGCGGCCCCCCUCCCGCGGGGGGUGGUGGGGAGACGUGCGGGACGUCAACCUGUGUCUGCUGAUGGAGAGUGUCAGCUCUCUGCAUGGAAUGUUCCAGGCGCUCGCUGUGGGAGAUAGUGACGUCAUGGGAAGCAGUGGUGUGGUUUAGAUUUUAGAAGUUAAGUGUUACGUGGUGUUAGUUCAGAAUAUAAAGUUUAUUGUGUGUAUACUUAGUGAAAAAAUGGAGUGUUGAUAUAAUUUCAGGCGUUGUUAUUCUGAUUUACAAUUACUUCAUACGAUAAUAGUUUUGUAAAAGGUAACUUAAUCGUCGCAAAAUCCAUGUUGUAAUAUUUUUAAAGACACUCUUUUAAUAUUUUUUUUUUUCAGGUAGGCUUCCGAAUAUAUCUCACAUCGUAGCACAUACAUGUAACUUGUGUGAAUACUAGUCAGUAUUUUAUCUCGAUGAAUGCGGUAGCAUCGCUUGUAAAUCUACGUAAGCUUCCGAAUAUAUCUCACAUCAUAGCACAUACAUGAAACUUGUGUGAGUACUAUUCAGUAUUUUAUCUCGAUGAAUGAUGUAGCAUCGCCUGUAAAUCUACGUAGGUAAUUUUUCUAU